AUGUCCAAUACAAUGUUUAUUGACAAUGAUUCUGGUGAUAUGGUGAAUUGUAGCAUUUCCCAGGAAAUCAGUGUGACGUCAUCGAAAAAAUCUCUUAUUCGAUGUGAAAGAAACAUUGAAACAGGUGAACUUAUUUUAGGACAUAAAGAAUCAGUUCGUGGAAUAACUCCCGGUGCAUUAGGUCAUUUAUUAGAAGCUACCUCAAUAUCCAACCAGCCAUUAUCUCGUAGUGGUCAGUUAGAAUUUCAUAUAAACUUAAAUAUGGUACGCUUAGAUGCGAAGUGUUUUCAGGAUCUAGGUGGACUGAUCACAGAUAUUCGUCUGCUGAAUACAGUUUACAUGCAUCCGGAUAGCUUGAUUGACUUACAGCAUUUAAGAUCGUUUGAAAUUGAAAGUGGGCAAACACCGUUAUACUUGUCCGAUGAUGAUGAUCAUGGGGUUAAUGAUAAUUCAAAAAAUGAUACCUAUAUGAUGGAAGUGGACGAUCUUGUGAAGCCUGAUUCUAUCAAGAAACCUGCAUUUAUUCGUCUACAUCCACUGGAUAAUACAGUACCUAUUAGUUUUAAUCUGAAUACAAAGUGUCAUCAGUGUGAUUUACAGUCUGAUAGCAGUGAUGUUGACGGUAACAGUAGCAGUAGCAGGAGUGGUAGUAGUAGUAGUAGUAGUAGUAGUAGUAGCGGUAGUAAAAGUCUUAGAAGUAUACAAAAGACAGAUAACCUGAUUAUCAUCGUGUUUACAAGUAAGCGUGAUCUACCGUCAACUGGACAACAGAUUUCACCUAAAUUAAGCAUGAUAUUUCCAUACACCUGUCCAGUUAUCAUAGAUGGUAUUGGUUGUCCAAAACAAUCUGACCUAAUCACCAUGAAUCAUGAGGGUUCGAAAUCCUCAUUCAACAUUCCAGUUAUUGAACAAUUAAAAACAAUUACAUUUAUACAAUCUGAAAGUAAACAUACCUUAUCUCUAUCUAUUAUAUUGAUUAUAUGGUGUACAAUUAUUACAAAAGCGUUUUACUAG